AUGCGGGUCGCGAUAAUAGGCGCAGGUCCUUCCGGGCUCGUGACACUGAAGUAUCUCUUAGCUGCAGAGAAGGCUCUAGGAACGAAAACUAUCGAAGCCCGCAUCUUCGAGUCUGAGACGGGUGUGGGUGGGACGUUCCUGGCGAGAACAUAUGAGGAUGCUGAGCUAGUCUCUUCGAGGCAGCUCACUUGCUUCUCUGACUUUCGUUGUAGGGAUGACGAGCCGGAUUUUAUUAGUGCGAAGCGCUACGUUGAAUAUCUCAACGAAUAUUGUACGCACUUCAAGCUGUGGCCACACAUUACCGUCUCCAGCCUAGUGAAGAGCGUCAAGAGUCGAAAGGAGGGCGGCCAUGCCGUGACGUAUUUAUAUAGGGGCCAGCAGCACACCUGGGAAUGCGACGCGGUAGCUGUUUGCUCUGGAUUGCAUGUCAACCCUAGCAUUCCCGAAGUCAAAGGCAUUGAGAAAGUACCGGUAGUGCUUCACUCUUCACGGCUGAAGAAGAGGGAACAGUUCGGAGAAGGAAAGACGGUGCUUAUACUAGGGAGUGGUGAGACCGGAGCUGACGUUUCUCUCCUGGCCGUGACUUCGCCUACGAAGCGAGUAGUGCUAUGCCAUAGAAACGGCUUUCAUCUUGCUCCAAAGAGGAACCCAAAUCCAAGACUAGUAUUUGCGCGACGGCGAAACCCCCUAGAUCGUCCCCAGGUGCCCAUCGAUGUCUCUCGAGCGAGUCUUUUCGACACGAUAUAUGUACACCCCUGGUUAAGAAACAGCAACCUUUUAUGGACGUACUACGACUAUUAUGUUCGGUGGAUUCUCUGGACUUCGUGGGGUACCACACACGGAACGGACCAAUGGGUUGGAGGAAAGCCGAAGGGAUGGUCUACUUCUGAGAUCCAGACGCCGAAUACGCUGGAAACUACCCAGGGUAAGCAAAUAGACCUUGCGUCCUGGCCAGAGCGCAUCGACGAAAAUGGCCUUGUCGAAUUCAGGGACAAUGGACGGCCCGAAUACGCGCGGAUAAGAAACGAAGUCAUCAAGCCAGACGUAGUAAUAUUCUGCACGGGCUAUACGCACGAAUUCCCCUUCCUGGGGGAAGAUAGAUGCAAUCCUCAAUACUACCAAGGCAAAUUAGUGCGUGAUAUUUGGCCGCGAGACGAUCCUUCCAUUGCGUUCAUUGGGUUCGUGCGGCCUAAUCUAGGCGCCAUCCCACCUCUCACCGAAUUCCAGGCACAGCUGUGGGUGCUUAACCUGUUAUCACCUGAACGUGUAGCCGGUGCCCCUUUGCUCCCCGAAGAUGAAGGGCACUACCGACUCAUGUCCAAGGCGCACUCCCGAAUCCGAUACGGUGUUGAUCACGAGAGCUAUGCGUAUCAACUCGCUCUAGACAUGGGCUCGGCGCCAUCAUUUGGUGAUAUCCUGCGCCUCGGCUUCUCUGGAACUGACGACACCCAUGGCAACAGUGGCUGUUGGUAUAAACUACCGCUCACUUGGGCGCUUGGUGCCAAUUUCAACACCAAAUUUAGGCUCCUUGGGCCAUGGGAAUGGGAGGGCGCGAUUGAAGUCAUGAUCACCGAAUUCUGGGAGACUGUAGCGCGAAGGCAGAUGUUCUUUGGUCAUUUCACCGUCUCGAUGGUCCCGAUGAUCAUAUUUGGACCGAUUAGUCUUUUCGUCUUUCUCUACGCGUCGUUAUGCCGACUUCUUCAAGUGUUAUGAUGUUCAUCGCGAACGUCCAGGAUUCGGGUUUCAUAGAUGAAUGGGUGAGGGCUACCAUGGUGAUUUGGAAGAGAUGUUGUAAAGAUUCAAGUUCCAAGGAGCUGCUUGAGGACUAGAUAAAAAUAC